AUGAAUGUAACUAUUGUUGAACAAUUUGAUGAAAAUAAAGCAACAUUUUUUGCUAAAAUCUGUGAUAAAUAUUUUUACUCAUCUGAAUUGCUUACAUUUUGUUUUUGUAUAUUUACUACGUUUCAAAUUAUAUUUUGGUUAUUUAAUUCAUUUUUACUGUAUAUUGAAUAUAAUGAUAUUCCAUCCAUUGAUCAAUAUCGUUUACAAAAACAUAAACCAAAACUUCGUUUUCAACCCGAUAUGAUUAAAAUUAUUCGAAAUGGAAUAAUUCGUCAUCAAAUUUCAUCUGUUGUUAUGCUACCAGUAAUGUAUUAUCUACUAAAUGCAUUUGGACAUGUCAGUGUUACUGGACCUAUUCCAUCAUUAUUCACAAUUGUUUGGCAACUAUCCAUAUUCAUCUUAGCUGAAGACUUUCUAUUUUUUUGGACACAUUAUUUAUUUCAUACAAGAUGGUUAUAUAAACAUAUUCAUAAAAAGCAUCAUCUAUAUAAACAACCAAUUGGUGUUGUAGCCGUUCUUGCAGAUCCACUGGAAUCGUUGUUUCAAAAUCAAUUAGGAAUUUGGCUAAUACCGAUUUUGUUAAAAGAAAAACAUUUAUUAACAUUAUGUUUAUGGAUAUUGAUACGUGUUUAUCAAACAGUCAAUGCACAUUGUGGCUAUGACUUGCCCUACAUAAGUACACAGUAUUAUUUACCAUGGCUUAUGUCGGGAACGUUAGCACACGAUUAUCAUCAUCAACAUGGAAAAAUGAAUUAUGGAAGUUUUUUUACAUUGUGGGAUCGUCUAAUGAACACACAUAAAUUAAGUAAAGAAGAUUAA